AUUGUGUCAUGAUAUUUAUCUAGAAAAUCGAAAUCAAUUUUUGAAUUAUUACCAGAUGAAAUCAUCCUUGGUAUAUGUGAAUAUCUUGAUAUACAUGAUUUAUAUGAAUCGUUUUAUGAUUUAAAUUCUCGAUUAAAUGCAAUAGUAUGUUCAAAUAAAAAUCUUGCAUUGACUUUUUCAUCACCUGAUGAAAUCGAUGAUCCAUUUUUUGAUUUAUUUACAACGUAUAUAAUUAAAUUAACUGUUGAUCAUUCAAGUUAUAUUGAUUUUGAACUAUUUCCUUCUUUACAUUUCUUAAUAUUAAAUAGUCCAUCAGAUGAUCAAUUAGAAGAAAUAUGUUUAUUUAAAUUUCCUCAUUUAAUUCAUUUAGAAUUUGGUAUUAUGAGUGAUAAAUUAUCACGUUGUAUAUUAUAUAAAAUUCUUCAUUGUAAACAAUUUCCUUCAUUACAAACAUGUAUAUUUCAUCAUGAAACAAAUGUUGUUUCAUCAAAUCGUUAUAGACAAAUUUGGUCGAAUUCAUCUACACUUCGAACUGUUUGGUUUAGUUCGGUUGAUUUAUCUUUAUAUUCAAAUAAUGGAUUAAUUAAUCGAGAAAAAUUGUUAUCAAUUGAUAUUAUACAUUCAAAUUUGAAAAGAUUUGAUAUUUGUUGUGUUUUGGAUGGUCCAUCACUUAUGGAAAUGAAUCAUUUUCUUCAACAAACACCUAAUUUAGAAAAAUUUAAAAUAGCUUCAAAUGGAAUUUAUCAUUCAUAUGAAUUUUUACAACAAUUAGCUUCUAUUCUUCAACGACGUCUUAUUCAUCUUUAUCAAUUUGAUUGUGAACUUCUAUGUGUAAUGACAAUAGAAGAACUCGAUCAUAUUUCUCGUUUACAUCCAUGUUUUAAUCGUAUUCAAUAUGAAUUAAAAUAUGGUGGUCAGUGUAUAAGAUUAUUUACAGAAUAA